CAUAUAAAGUCAUUCUGAAUAAUAUUUUUGUUGGCUCGAUUCAUUUCGUUAAGCCCAAGUAUUUUCAUUAUGUGGGCCGAGGCGAUUUUAAAAGAUUGGGAAUCGAAGGUCACAAUGCUGGCGGUAUGAAAUAUUCGAGCUAUCAGGAAAAACAAAGUUGAAAAGAAAUAUUAAUCUCGCAGAGUGACUUGGGCUUUCCCGUGCUGGUGCGGCCAUUUUCUCCGAGCGCUCGAUUUUCCCUGAGAUAUUUCCGUGGCUCAUCGUCCUUUCCAGAGCAGAGAUAUUUUUCAGACUAUGGCUGUUAGAAGAGUAGUUUAGGCUCUCGACUGGGGAAGCAUUUUAUUCCACUGCUGCAUCGAAGGAGUUGGCUGGAUAUCGAAAACUUCAUCAACCUGCCAAUAAAGACUCUUCUAUCCAUGCAUUAUUUCUGAGGGAACUACUAUUUAAUGGCAAAUAGCAAAUAUGAGUAUGUUAAGUCAUUUGAAUUGAAAGAUAACCUGCUGCCUCAGACAUGGAUGGUUCUCAGAAUAGAUGGCUGCCACUUUCACAAGUUUUCUCAAGCUCAUGAUUUUGAGAAACCUAAUGAUGAGUGUGCUUUGCGGCUAAUGAAUGAAUGUGCAGUAGAUAUGCUCAUGGAAUUUCCAGAUAUGGUAUUUGCAUAUGGUGUGAGUGAUGAGUAUAGCUUUGUUUUAAAGAGGACAAGUACCUUUUAUCAAAGACGUGCCAGUAAGAUAGUAUCACUUACUGUCUCAUUCUUUUCCUCUACAUAUGUUAUGAAAUGGUCCAAGUUUUUCCCACACAAGGAGCUGCAGUAUCCACCUUCUUUUGAUGGACGAGUUGUGUGUUAUCCUUCAAGUUCAAUUCUCCGAGAUUAUCUUGCCUGGCGUCAAGUAGAUUGCCACAUAAAUAAUCAAUAUAAUACCUGUUUUUGGAUGUUGGUCAAGUCAGGGAAGAGCCCUAAAGAUGCUCAGAACCGUUUGAAGGGUACCCAAACACAGGAUAAGAAUGAACUCCUCUUCCAGGAGUUUGGAAUCAACUACAACACACUUCCUGAAAUAUUUCGGAAGGGAUCUUGUGUGUUAAGGAAAGAGGUUGAAGAAAUUGUCAAGCAUAGUGAGGCUGGAGAUCCUGUUAGAAGACCUCGAAAGAAGAUAGUAGUACAACAUUGUGAUAUUAUUGGAAACAAAUUUUGGGAUGAACAUUCUUAUCUAUUGUCUGACUAAUGAUAUACUUUGUGAAAUUAUGACAAUGUAUAUCUAGAAAACCUCCCUUUUCCUCAAAUAUGUAAUUUUAUAAUGAUUAAAGUGAUGCGUUUGUGUGAUGAUUCCGGUGUUCGUUUCUAAAAAGAAAAUUAUUUACUCUU